AUGUGGCUGGUGCAGAGGAAGAAGAAGGUCGAGCACACGUUCAAGAAGAUCAAACAAACGGUGUCCUAUGCCUCCGAGGUGACCGCGUUCGUCGAGAAGGGCAAGCUAAGGAAGAUCACCGGUGUGAAAACCAAGGAGCUGAUGCUCUGGCUUAGCGUUGUCGAGGUCUAUGUUCCUGAGGCAUUGCUGGACAAGGUCACCUUCAAGACCGGCACCGGCCUGUCUGACACCUUCGAUGCCCCUGCCUUUGCGCUCGGAGAGUAAUCAAAGUUCAGGUUAAAAGUUGUAUGUUACUGGUACUGCAUGGCCGUGUGUAUUUAUCUCUUGUUUUGUAAUUUAACAUGUAUGGUGUGUCAUAUGUGUCGUGGAGUAUUUCAAAUUAUUUUAAAUAAUGGAAAAUAGUUCUGGCUUCAGCCUUCUUCAAAAUGAA